AUGGAGCUUAAACUCACGCGGCUCAAGUUGCAGAACCCGUCACUGGGCGCCGUUGCCGUGAGCUUAAUCCACAGCAGCAUUGGUCGAAAAUUGGUCGGACCAAAAGUCGGUCUGGAACGGUCUCGCCGAGCGGCAGCUGAAGAAGCAAAUACGCAUGGAACAGCAGCAGCGAACACUGAAAGACAUGCUCGUGGAUUUGUGAACAAAUCGGCGGAGCUGCAAAAGUUGCUGAAAAAGUGGGAUGAUCACCAGACGGCUACCAUAGUGCGUCUGCUUAAGAUUCGGACAACGUCGAGGCUACACUCGAAGGUGGACGGCAAGCACACCGCUCGCAGAUACUCAGAAGAGUAUACACCAUUGUCUACUAGACUGGCAAUGGAGACGUCGAGCCUCGACUCGAGGAGGUUGGUGGUGAACUACUCGACGACCUCAAUCGAAAUGCUGAGCUCCAAGAUCCUCGCUGUCUUCGCUGUGGCGACCCUUGCGACUGCCGACGACUACACUACCGAUGACUACAUCACCGACGGCGACGAAGGUUCCAGCUACAUUGACGAUGGCAGCUUCGACUACAGCGCGUUGCCGGCCUACACGUACACGUUCGACCCGGAGUAUUCGGCGGGCGUAAGCGGUACCAUCAACGUACAAUACGGCGGUCCGUUCUCCACCUUCGCCGUGAUCACGACCGAUCUCGACUUCAGCGACGUGGAUCAGAGCGAGAUCAUGGCGUUCGACGGUAACUGCACCGAGGAAGUGACCGAGUACAAGUGGCACAUCCACGUCAAGUGGCCCCACGACUACGACUCCGAGUCUUUCGAGCAGUGCGGACUGGCUAUCACGGGAAACCACUACGACCCGCUCAAGGCAUGCGGUCCCAACUCCGAGUUCGUCGGCACAAGUACAGACCGAGAGUAA